GAUAACGAUGCAUAUUAUCGUUUGCUUUAGCAUAUAAAGAAUGACAUUGGGGAUGAAUUUUCGAUACUCAAUACAACCCACCGCCUGUUCUUCCCCUCUCAAUUUCAAAUUUUCACACUCAAAUGCGCACCUUCUUCUUUCUCCUUGUCCUCGCCGCUGUCUGCGGUUCCUUUGUCGCUGCUGUGCCUGCACCGUCAAGCAGAUCAGUCUCACGACCCCCACAUCUCCCAAUACUUGGUACUACCUCUCCGAGUGCGAAGGCAACGGUGGUGAUGCAACAACGGGUAACUCCGGCGACGUGAACGCAGGAAGCGUCGUCAAUGACCGUGACACCGUUAACAACUCGGGUGCCGAUAGCAACGUUGCUCCCCAGGGUGGCCAAACUUCCUCCGGCGCUGCCGUCGCAGGCAGUGGUUCAGGAUCUGACUGUGGCGGAUCUGGAUGCUUCUUCGGGUAGUUCAGGAAAUGCCAAUGGUGGUUCCGUCUGUAACGCUGGGGGAGAUAUUAUCAAUGCCGCUGGUAGUAAUUCUGCUGGGGCUGGUGGUACAUCUUUCAGUAGCGAUGCAUAUGGUGGAAAUGCAUCCGACGGCGAUUAGCCACCUGCUGUCGACAAGUAAAGAGGAAGUUAUAUUCUUAGUUACAUCGGCAUAAUCAACCUCGUAUUCGUAAUCACCUUAAUAUGGUCGACUAGCACUUGGAUCUAGGAGUUUAUUUAACUUCUUGCUGCGAUUUGUUCAACGCUAAUGCCUACAAUCUACUACUCGCUUAACGUAA